CUUUGCGAACUUUUCCUUCUUCUCCUCCAUAUUCCAUCCACGACAACCCCCAUCCAUACAUUCGCAAUGGCUCCCAAGAAGGCUCCCGCCGCCGCUAAGGAGAACGUCUCCCUCGGCCCCCUCGCUGGUGAUGGCAAGCUCGUUUUCGGUGUUGCCCGCAUCUUCGCCUCCUUCAACGACACCUUCGUUCACGUCACUGAUCUUUCCGGCCGUGAAACCAUCGUCCGUGUUACCGGUGGUAUGAAGGUCAAGGCUGACCGUGACGAGUCCUCCCCCUACGCCGCCAUGCUGGCUGCUCAGGACGUCGCUGUCCGCUGCAAGGAGCUCGGCAUCAACGCCCUCCACAUCAAGAUCCGUGCCACUGGUGGUAACGGCACCAAGACCCCUGGUCCCGGUGCCCAGUCCGCCCUCCGUGCCCUUGCCCGUUCCGGCAUGCGCAUUGGCCGUAUCGAGGACGUGACCCCCACCCCCUCCGACUCUACUCGUCGCAAGGGUGGUCGCCGCGGUCGUCGUCUGUAGACGUGUGGGGUCUCUUUCUUCUCCGACUGCGACUUCAUUGCGUGGCUGGACUGGAGGCUUCCUGCAGGGUCUACUUGCACUUGUGGAUGGAAUAAACGCGAAGAACGGCCCUUAUUGCCUGGUCUUCAGAUAUUUUCAUGCCCUGAAAAGUUCUUCUCAGUUUUAGCGGUUGGCAUAGGUAGUCUGUUAUGACCACUUGAAUCAAUUGACUGUGUCUGAGUAUAUAUCA